AACAUUGUCUAAGUAAUCUCCUAGAGAUAAAUGUAUGUGAUUGAAAAUAUUUAAUUUGACACAUAUUCCAUUUCUCAGAAUAUAAAGCUGAAAAGAAUGAGAUUUUUAUUAUUAAUAAUAAAGAAAUUAAAUUUAUUCAUUAUGUUGAUAUAGUUUUCUUGAAAAUAAGAAGAAAAGAGUAUGUAAUUUUUUUUACUGAUUGCACCAAAAGAUUAGAUACUCUAGAUUUUUUCACUAAAUACUUUUCAAAUAAUUUCUUAUUUCAUCAUGUAAAAAUUUCAUCUUUCCAUAGAAUUUUCCAAGAAUGUAUUUCUUGCAAAGAAAAGAUAUUUCACUCUUUAAUCAUAAAUAAAAUGACAAAAAUAGUAUAUUAAAUAUGAUGCUGUAUACAUCAACUUUUAUAAAGAGUGUCCAAAAUUGAAAAUAGAAUACAAAGUAGAGAAAUAUGGUUUUAAAAAUGAAGAAUUUGAUUUUGUUAUUUAUUUGCACUCCUUAAUUUAUAUAAAAUCUUUGUUUUCAACUGCUACUUAUACUAUUAAACAUUACUAUUAGUGCCAUAACAUUUUUGUAAAAGAAAAAUUAUUUCCAAAUUGACCAAAAAAUAUUAUACUCUAUUUCUCUAUUAAGCACUACUGUAGUAAUGACAUGACACUUUGUAUAGUACUGCAGAUUUAAUAGAUGAGUUAUAUAAGCAGAGUGACAUCCCAUUCAGCUUCCUAUAUUUGUUCAAAAUGAAAUUAUAAAGAUGAUUUUUUCUUGUGAAAAAUAUGAUACUUGGCGUCGCGACGCUACCGCGUCGCUUGAUAAAGAGAGAGAACAUAAAUGAAUUUUUUGAAUCGUGUUUUUUUUGUUUUCUUAAGAAAAUAAAAAUUAUGAAUAUAAAAGCGACAUUUGGUAGUUAUAUCUAGUCAAAUAUAUUGUAUACUUUGACAAAGAAAAAAAACAUUUUAAACAUUUACUUCAUAACAAUAAGUAGAUAUGUUUUUGUCAGACAGGCAUUAUUAUUCAACAAAUAAACAUACCGAUUAUCGUUUACCUAUAAUACAAAUAAGAUUGCCAACGGAAUAAUAAAGACGUUAUCCAUCGAGUUACAGAUAGUCAACAAGGGAAAAACAUUAUUUGUCUUAUGUUUCUUCUAUUCAUCAUACCCUUCUUAUUACCUUGCUUUUUGAUUUUAUCUUCCAACAGAUCCAGUAUUAAAUUUGCUAACAAUCAGAUCAGUCACAAUUGAUUCGUAUAACAUAAUAAUGAAGGACAUUGAAUGGCUACGAGUACCGGAAUUAAAUAUCGAAGCCGAUGCCAAGACGAUCAUAGAGGUGUGUAAGGAUAAAGGACUGAAUAGCGUACCGAAAUUCUCGUUACUGAGCGUUUGUCAGCGGGAACCGCCGAACCCGCCCAAUCAACGAUUAACAAAAGAACAACUAUCGCCGGUUAUACCGUACAAACAACUAACCAGUAGAAAUGAAGCAUUCAAUCCAGAAAUACGAGAGUUGUGUCUGAAACACCCAAUCUUUGUGAUACGCGACCUUGUCGCAACUCUCAAUUUUGACGUGGAUCUUUUUACAACUAAGACUUUAAUUGAUACGAAUCCGAGUGGCAGUAUCGAGGUGCGCUCGCAGAUGAAGCAAACUAGUGUGGAAAACUGGAAUCCAGAACAUAGUCGGAUGGUCUGGAAAUGCCAUAGUCAUCGAACCUACUCGACGAUCGCCCAGUAUGCGAGUUAUCAAAACAGGAAAAUUCUGGAGAGCAUGAACAAAGAGAAAGAGAACAUACAAAACAACGAAACGACUUCCAGUCAGUCAAACUUGGACUCGAAAAAGACCGAUCAAAAGACGAUUAAUGAGGAAAAGAAACUACUCUUCGGCACCAACGUGGAUUUAUCAAACAUAAAAAUAUGGAAACGGCAACUGGAGGAGCUAAAGAAGCUGCCAUCCUUAUUUCAGGUGGGAUCGGAUGACAAUAUGCUCAACUAUGUGGGUCACGAUAUCUUGGGAAUGAACACUGUGCAAUUAUAUAUAAAGGUACCUGGUUGCAGAACACCUGGUCAUCAAGAGAACAAUAACUUCUGCUCGGUUAAUAUCAACAUCGGACCGGGCGACUGCGAAUGGUUCGCGGUACCAUAUGAAUAUUGGGGUGCAAUAUGCUCGCUUUGUGAGCGUAACGGCGUCGAUUAUCUGCACGGUAGUUGGUGGCCGCCAACUUUGGAGCAGUUAUACAGGGAAAAUAUUCCGGUAUACAGAUUCUAUCAGAAAGCAGGCCAUUUGGUAUGGGUGAACGUCGGCUGCGUACACUGGGUAUACGCGAAAGGCUUUUGUAAUAACAUUGCGUGGAACGUUGGACCAUUCACUGCCAAACAGUACCAAGCCGCCAUCGAGCGUUAUGAAUGGAACAAGUUACGGAAAUUUCAAUCGAUCGUACCGAUGGUGCAUCUAUCUUGGAACCUGGCAUGUAAUAACAAAGUGUCAGAUAUGCAACUACACCAAAUGAUCAAAAAUUGCUUGUUGCUGACGAUGAGACAACAUUAUUUAACAUUGGAGUUUGUGAAAAACAAAAGUAUUAAAAUUGAAUCUAUUGAAUGUGACUUGAAGAAUACGCCCUAUUGUGAAAAGUGCAUGGUUGAGGUAUUUGGCAUUUUGAUUGUUCGUUCGAAAGCGAGACGCAAUGUGCCAUAUUGCUUAGAUUGCGCACUUAAACUUUCUCCUAUAUUAGAAGGAUUUAUCUGCGUGGAAGAGAAUAACCUACACAAUGUAAUAAACAUUUAUGAUAACUUUGCUCGAAAACAGUAGUGCCGCAUCCAUUUGUUCUAAACUAUUGAAACUACUGUUAAUUAAAGAUUACUUAUAUUAUAUAUAUAUAUAUUAAAAUAUACUUUUGUUUUAUUUAGAAAAUUCUAAAAGUUUAUAAAAAUUAUAUUGAGAAGUAUAAAUGAAAAAAUAAUUUAAAUAACAAAAAAUUAAUUAAUUUUAUCUUGUAUAUAUAUAUCAGAGAGAUUUUAAAUUUUUUGAAAAGAUUUGUGAAACUGAAAUGGUUAAUAUAUAUUAUGAUAAUUAAUGAGAACAAUUACGAUCAUUUACGAGAACGAUUUUGGUUCUUAAUGGAUUUUCUUGGAUUAUAUGUAAAACAAUGAUUUGAAGAUAUUUUCAGUAAUGUGAAAGAUUUAUUAUUGCGAAUUAAUAUUAGUAUAUGUGAAUAUUGAAUAAAUAAAAAUAAUUUGGAAAAGAAUAAUAAUAACAAUAUAGAAAAUCAAGAUAUAAUAACAAAAUAAUUGCGUCUUUGAUAAAUAAUUUGUAAAAUUCCCAGAUAACAGAAGUAGUCAUUUUGAUGUUAUUUUGACGUCAAAUUAAGUCAAAAAGACUACUUUUGUUACCUGGGUUAUUAUAAAAUUCUAUUACUGUAGGACAGGAGAAAAGAAUAAUAUUUAUAAAAUAUGAAAUUGUUUAAUAAUCGACAUUGCAUGCACAAAAUCUCUUUAGUCCUAUUGCGUAAGACAAAAUAUUGCAUAGAGAUUUGAGCUUAUUAGAAACAAUAUCGCAAAAGUUUAACAUUCUUCAUUGUAAAGUUAAUAAAUUUAUUUCUCAAA